CACAGAUUCAUUGAAGUAUCUUAUUUUAAACAAACAAACUCCGCCUCAAACAGACUUCAAGGCCCCAGCAGCUGUCCGCACUGGGGCUGUGCUCCCUUUCUCGUGAAUAUUCACAAGGCAGGCUCGUUUCCAAUGGAGACAGUAAACACACCAGGGAAACCAGCAGCUUUCGGGAGAUUUUGCUUCUGCUACAGAAAUACAACAAAAGUGCUCCUGACAAACUCGGCUCCACAGCAUGCUUUGCACUAAACCAGGCUUUAUCGCUCUGCAGAGUUUGGUGGUCUCAGCUGCAAGCAGCAUUAAUUGCCUCCUAGGCUGAGAGUUUGCUGCUUACUGAUGGCUUUCAGGAACAAUUAUUUCUGAUGAAAUUGUUGUUACCAUGAAAACUUCUCCAGCCUUCAGGCAAUGAAGCAAUGUAAAGCAGUAGGAAAUGAUCAUUAAGUAACAGGGAAGCGAAACAAUGCCAAGCUCUGCCUGUCAGUGCUGGCAUCUACAUUCAUUUUCUUAAAGCACUCCAAAUCAGCAGCUAAAAGAAAAUGCUGGGAGAGGAGGAGCUCUGAAAGCACAAAUAAUACCAGGUUUAACUUCUGUGACAGUCCCAAUAUACCUAAUAAUACUGGGGAUAGAGUGAGUCUCAAAAUGGACGUGUUGGGAAAGGGUUCUGGAUUCAGGGGGAACACCCUGAUUAGGUCUUGGCAAGCAGCAACAACACCUCUGGGGCAAGCAGCCUCAGCUCCAUCCCUGUCUCGUGGCAGCACCCAGCCUGGAAGACCUGUUGUGGCACAGCCGGCUGCUCGGAGCAGGGCAGAGGAGCAGGCAGCACUGCAGCAGGACCAGGUCCAACAGGAUAAGAUCUGGAGGGAGUCUGUGGAGGCUGAACAGAGAGGAAGAAAAAUCUGGUACCAGAACUGGAAUUUCCUAAAGGACUACGACCAAAUGGGUAAGAAAAAGGAACAGAAGCCACUGCCAGAUUAUAUAUCUGUGUUUUCAAACAAAGUUCCCAACUCCACCAACCAGAACAUUGGCAGUAGAAUGAAUACUGAACUUGGCAAGAUGCUGGUAAACAUGGAUUACUUCUUCAGCAGCGGAGCACGAAAGAGGAAACUUGAGGAUGACCUCCAGCCUUCCUAAUGCUUCAAGUAAAAAUACUAGUAACAAAGCAAGUCAAAGAGAUCUACCUAGCAGACCUCUUUCAGACUCCACGACACUGAAAUUAGCAGGUAACAAAAUCCUUUCUUUUUUUUUUCUUUUUUUUUCUUUCUCAGAGAGACCAAAAGUACUGUCUAGCAUGGAAAUUUUUCAAGAAGUAAGAUGGAUGUCAUUCAACAAUGCCUAAGGAGACUAUUCUCUUCAGAUUUGGGGUAACUCGGCCAUAUACAGUGAGUCAGGACCACAGAUCUCAUCCUUCUUCCCAUGCAAGCCCACAAUAACGUUGCUACUAACAUCAGAAAGAUUAGAGCCAAAGGGCUCUUCUGAAACUCUUCCUGAAUUUUUACCUCCUGAAAAGAAACAAUCAACAGAGACCAGCUCAGAUGAGUCACAGCAUAAACAACAUACUUCAAAUUCUGAAAGCCUGGGCAAUAAAACACAGCAGGUUGUUACAUUUCAUGUAUUUACCCAAGGAUUCGUCAGCCUGCCACUAGCAUGUUUAAGCUUGCUCUAAAGAGUAAAAUUUAAGGCAUGUAAGAUGUGUUCUGUGCUUUUUCAACUCUCCCUGCUGAGGGAGGGAGAUCAAUUUUUUUUUUAGACUUGUUUUCUUUUUUUUUUUUUUCCUUUAGAUUUUCUGUUUCUCCCCUGUGCUCUCAAAUUCCCUUCUGCUACUUUUUUGUUGUUGUUGUUUUUCCUUGUUUAGCUGAUGGAAACUCAGUGACCAGGAAGCAGACUUUUACAUUUUGCUCUGAAGGCAUGCUGCUCAGCAACCUGCCUUACGCUCCUUUGAUCAUCACCCUUGAAUUUAGCAGGUUUGUAGUUCCUAAAAUCUGUGGUUGCCCAGGGAAACGACCAUCUAAAUCGACAAAAUACCUAAAGCCUGCUCACUAGUGCAUCUUCAUGACAUAGACGCAAUGUUUUUUCAAGGAAAAAACAGCAAUCAGUAGAGCAUGAGGAACAUACAUACAGUGCCUGCCUUCACAGGGUGCACGUAGCUUCUGUAGGACCAUGCUCAGCCCUGCCUAGGUGGAGACCAACACAGAAGCCACUAGCAUUGCCCUGAUACAGCAGACUGCAAUCUCACACUUGGCUGAGGUGGAGCUGUGUUUACUUAACGCCUUGCAGCUGAGACUGUUUAUUUUUGAGGUUAGACUUUAGCAGAAGAAGGCAGUUGACAGGCACAAUAGGUGGUAGGGAAUGGUGUUAGCUGAUAGUUAGUCCUAGUUGAUGGUUAGUCCUAACACUAACAACACGGUUGUUAGUGUUAGGACAGAGGUUGGACUAGAUGAUCUUGGAGGUCUCUUCCAACCUAGACGAUUCUGUGAUUCUGUGGUGUGAUCACUGCCAACAUGCAGGUGGUCUCUGGAAAAAAAAAAAAAAGAAAAAAAAGCCACUGUAGAAAGAAGAGUUGGGCCAUGGCCCACAGCCACAUCCUGGCUUCCUCAGCAUCUGAGAACUGGAGGAUGAAGGCUUUCAGGAUGACAGCUAAGCUACUUGGAGAAGAAGGAAGAUGAUGGCAUGAAAGUAGCCCGUGCAAGGGCUGAUUCCAUUCUGCAGACAUGAAUAUCCAACUGUAGUAGACAACUGUGUUCACACACAGAAAAUGGAAACGUACACUUUCAAAAAAAACCCCACCUUGUUCAGCUAAAAUGCUUUCUUCAGUCUUGAGAGCAGAUGGCUGCAGCAGGAACCAUAUUGCUUUCAAAAACGUCUGAAAGUGGGAGAGGGAAGAGCAAAGCAAGCCUCUCCUUGUCCUUGUGUUGUCCAGAGCUUCUUCCAAAAAUGGCACAGGCAUUUUUUAUAUUUAUUCCUGGUUGCAUAAUACUGAAAAUUACUACACUUGCUUGCCUUACUCCGAGAUACACUGAGCAGCUCCAACUCUUGCUGUGAGUCACCAAGUCCACACAGGGUGGCAGAUGCCCAGUCUGUCAGGCUCAAGCUCCUGUUCGUGUAAGAACAUUUCAUUUAAAAAGCACGGGGAUUUUGGUUUUCGUCGUGAAGGCACACAGAGCUCCGUGCUCCCUGACCUCCAGAUGGCACUCGCUCCCCAGGUAAGCCACUGAUGAGGACAUUGAGUUACAGCUGCAGCGUUGCACAAUCCCUGUCUAAUUUCAAAGGACAUUAAAUAGCCCCAGGUUCCCAACCCUGCUCUCUGUGAAUCCAGAGCAUCCCUCUCCCAGGGAGGCCCCGCAGGACUAAGCACUGCACAUCUUAAUCCUUCAGCUCAGCACCGGCGUUGUUUCAGCUGACAUUUCUCCCAGUUUUGGGCACGACACGGAAGGUCUUAUCCUUAAGACAUGGGCCACCAACUGGAGUCUUGGGAAGCAAAGAUGGUAACUGGAGUACUGGAAAAUGUGGCUUAGGAGGAAAGAUCAAACAGUCUAUCAUAGUUUAACCUGAAGAAAAAGGUGACUGGGAAAAGGACAGCAGUCUUUAGAUACAUACACAGCUUGGGAGCAAGAAAAAGUAGUAGUUUAUUUCAUGUGCAUGGCAGACAAUAUUAAAAAUAAUAGUCUUAAAUUAUAGCAAGGAAAAUCAUGUUACUAGUACGGAAGCUAGCAGUAAGGUUAAUACAGUACUUGGUAGGGUUAAUACAGCACUGGAGUAGAUUCCCUGAGGAAUCUCCACCUUUGAAGGUUAAACACACCCACCAAGAAGGAUGUGUUUGACAGGGUUUGCCUGUUAGUGUAUAAACUGUGACUGUCUGAGGUAUUUUUCACCAAUUGUCUGAUCUGUAACAACAGUUGUUGGGAUCAAAACAUGCUUUGAAAACAUGUUUUUUUUUUUUCCAAAACACAUUGAAAAAGAAUUAAAAAUAUACAUAUAUUUCAAUUGGUCCAGGUUGGAAUAGAUUCCAUCUCUAAAAUACAGAUUAACCACCUGAGUUUUUGAUGAACGCACAUUUCUAUUUUUCUGAGAGAGAAUGUUUUUCACAGUCUAGAUGUGCCUCUUUUAAUCACACAGUCCCACCAAAAUCCAUCCUUUACCCAAAAAGCUUCACUAGUGCUCCCCUGACUGCCACAUAAGAACGCCUCUGAGAGAGCACGUUCAUGCCUUUACGGCACAUGCAGGAACAGCAACAACUAAUUUCCUUUCAACAAUUUCAGGAUGCCUUUACCAAUGGUGUGUAGCCCUGAUUGUGCUGUCCUUACUCAAGUAGAGUGCCCGCAGUGGGUACUUGGGGUGAUUACAGGUGCACAGCACAGGAAGACCCCAACCCACCACCCACUCCUGCACUCCUACCACAUGUGCUCCUUUGCAGUCUUUUUCUCCAGUCUGAUAGAGAUGACAACAGGAAGGUCUGUAGGUAUACCUGAAGUGGAGCCAAAAUAGGCAAGGAUUUCCGGAUUAAUCAUCAACAGAAUAAGUUUCCCAUAUGGACAGACAUGAUAAUCCAUGUGGUAUAACAACAUUUUGUAGAGUGGACACCUUAUUUUGUUCAACUACUACAUUUUCCUUUGAAAUUUAGAUUAUUUUGUACUGCUGCAGUGAGCCCUCCUGUGGUACCCAGCUACAUGUUUUGAAGUUAGUUUGCAUCUCUCUGUCAUGUACAGAACCUUGAGAAACACAGAUUGGGAAUAUCCAAGGUCCUAAUCAAAAUCACCAUAGAACUGUGAGCAGAAGGCAGUGAACAGGCAUUCUCUAGAUGUCAUUUUCUUCCCAAGUUCAACAGCAAUUUUUCUCUUACUAUAAUUAACUUUGCCAACUAAUCCUUACUUACAUAAGCAGAGUCUCUUAGAAAGAAUGGAUGAGGUGACAGCAGCACUGAAACCUGUAAACAACCAGUGGAAAUUCAAUUUAUUAUAGAGAUUGUAUAGAUAUUAAACCGUGUUGUAAGCUUCUUGUAAAGAGUUCUUAUGAUGUAUCACUUGUGCUUCACAGCUUUGUAAGCUUUCUUUCCUUUUGCUGCCAGAUCUCAAACAAGAGAUUACACGUGUUUAGGCAAUUCAUUUUCUCUAUUUCUUACAGCUAAAGAGCACAAGUGGGUAGGAAUAUGAAUUUAAUUCUUGGGUUAGACACACUGCUUUCUCUUUUAAGGACUGUUAAUAUUAAUUCUAAGUGGGUGUAGAGAUGUUUCCAGUGCCUCCAACUUUUGCAUGUUCUCAUUUCAAGCUCUGCUCAUAAUAAAAAUGUGUGAAAUAUAUCACACUUUAUAACAAAACAUAUGUAAGUUCAUAUAAAUCUGUAUUUCUUAUACUUUUAGAAUAGUCUUCCUAUAUAGCUGCCAGGUGGCAUCUUAACUAUAAGGUUUUGUUUUAUAAGAUUGGACUGAUGAUUCUGAUCAUGUUCCUUAGAAACUGAAUUUAAAACUGUUUCUUGACCUUUAAAUUAUUCUAAAGUAGUAGCUAAAAGGGUUUUCCUACAAAGGACAUCUCAUCGUGCUGUGAAAAUUACUGCAUGAACAGUAAGCUUCCUACAACAGAGAAGGGAGAGAACAGAUAGGUACGAACAGUUCCAUGGACAACAGAGGCCAGGUCCAGACAUUGCAUCUUGGUAUGUAUUGUGCACAACAUUGUUUGCCUUUUAUAAAGAACACUCUGUAAAAGAAUAUUUCUGAAUUAAAGUCCAACUUAAAGCAGAUAAUUUUCUUGUUCACAAGAAGUGGGAUGGUUCUCCUUUUCUUUUUUCUUUUUUCUUUUCUUUCCUCCUUUUUUUUUUUUUUUUGGUCUUCUGGUUUUAGAAAUGAACAAUAAUUUGUUAGUGCCUCAAGCUGCUUUUCUUAAGCCCUGCUCAGACCAAAACCAGUAAAACUUCCUAAAGUAGGAUGUCUAUCUUAAAAACUACUUACUACUCUGAAUCCAUGUGAGCUACGCUCCUCAGAAACCUUCACCUUUGGUUGGAUGAAUUCUUUGAAAUUCAGAUGCUUCUCCAUGAAACUCAGAAAUCCUGCCAAACACUGAAGGGGCACUUGCACGAUUCUGCAAAUCACAGCCCUAACCACAGCCCUCUCCUGUCCCAGCAGGGACGGAUGCCACAGGCUGACGUCUGCUUGUAACCUCCUCAAAGCCUCUCUCAAAAGUUGUAUGUACCCACAAAACCACCAUUACUUAGAAAUGGGCUUUCCAAGUGUCUCGGGUUAAAGCCUCACCUCAGCACUCUACCUCUAUGCCAGGUUGGUGGAGCAAAACUGCUCUAAAUGGCUUUUAAAUGGCUUCCCAGGCAAUGCCAACAGGAAACUCUCGUUUGGCAUACACUGAUCGACAAAUUGCAUUAAAAAUGAUCUGCAAAUAUAUAAGCAUAAUAGCUGUAAAAUGCUGAGAUCUGGUUUCAUUCUAUGACUUUGACCAGAUCACUUCAAACUCCAUGUCAGGUUUCCCCAUUUACUAAUGGCCAGCUAUCAUCGCUGGAUAUACUAUAUAUAAUCUGUGAUUUAACAAGGUCUGCUGAAAUAUGCUCACUUUCUCAGCUCUCACUGGGGCCUCUGCUGUUUGAGUGGCUCAGAUGUAAAUGUGGAUCUAGAACAAGGCCAGCUCCAGAUCCGAAUGCUGCAGAUCAACCUGCUCGCUCAGGUACAAGCUUGAAGUAGGUUUUCUGUGCAGAAGGGACAACUCCAAAUUUAACAUGGAAAUCAAUUUCGUGAGUCUCAGUAUAAACCAGUUAAUGUAUUUUCUUUUCUUUCUCCCAGUUCUUUGGCUUUGCUAGGUUUUGGGUUAGGUUUCUAAGUGUGUGUGGUGAGGGGCAGUUUUGGUAUUCUAGGCUCUUUCAGUACUCCUUUUUGGCCAACCAUAUUAUUUAAGAUAACAUGCCAUUACCCAGAACGGCCUUCAGUUAACUGAAUAAGGCAUUUCACAGAGCACAGACUGAGUCAACAGGGUGGUGUUUUCUGUUUUUUUUGCUUAUGGUAUUUUCAUUCAAUUUGUGAUGUGUCUGUCCAGUCUAACCUCAAGUAAACCUUACAUAAACAUAGCCACGUUUUCAGUUUGCCACAUAUAUAUAACAUACUGUGUUUUAAACCUAUGAUCUACGUGCAACCUCCAAUGUUUCUUUUCUACUCCUGCCCUGCACACUUGUACACCGCCACCUAAACAUGAAGUACAGAGGAAUCCAUUGAACUUCUUUAGUAAGAGCAGAUUCUCCAAAUGACUGUUCAGUCAACUCUGCCACUGAGGAGCCUCUGCCACAGUUUGACCACCCAGUGUGUUGAAGGUUGCCUGCGGUGUGCAAUUGUCCACACGGCUGCUGAGAACGGGCUCAACCCUUUGUCAGGUUGUUCAUAAAAUAAGACAAGACAGUAUUGACCCCAGUGUCAGCCCCUGAGAAAUAACACCCACAGUUUGGCUACACACAGGACGUCAAACCACUAUUUUCUGAGCCUUGUUGCUUAGUUUUCCACCAGCCUUGUGGUCUUCCCAUCCAGCCUCUAUCUCCCCAGAUUCACUACGGGGACAUUAAAUGAGAUCAGGCCAAAGGCCUGGUUAAAGUGAAGGCAAAUUACAUUCACUACUCCUCCCUCAUACAUCAAGCCAGCUAACUCACAAAAGGCAAUCAGGCCAAUUCAGACACAAUUUGCCCUUGGUAAAUCCAAAACAGCUGCUCCCAGCCACACUCUUGUCUUUCACACACCUGGAAAUGGCCAGAGGAGGCCAAAAUGGAGCACGUGCUCCAUAGUAGUCCUGGGAACUGAGGUUAGGUUGACCAGCCUGUAGCUCCCUGGAUCCUUCUUCCUGCCAAAAGACAGGGAAUGACAUUUGUCUUUUUCCAGUCAUUGGGAAAUGACCUCUGCUAACCACAACCCUCCAAAGAUGAUAAAUGUCAGUGGUCUUGCAAUAACGUCAACCAGCUCCUUCUGCAGGCUCAGAUUCAUCCCAUCUGGUCCAGCGGGAGCAGUCUUUGUCCAGUCCUUCAGCAGUCCUAAUUCUUUCCCUACCACAGACAGUAUUUCACUCUCUCCAACUGUGCCCCUAGGCUCAUAGAACCUGAGGGGCCUGUGAGCAAACCUUGCUUGUAAAAAGAGACAAAAGAAGGCAAUGACCAUGUCGGCUUUUCCCUUGCCCUUCUUAACCAGGUCUCCUACCACGUGAAGGAGAUGUGAGCAGUGUACUCACAUUUUCCUUCAUCCUUCUCUUCUUGCAAAAGUGAUUAAUGGAAGCUUUUUUUUCUCCUUCACAUCCUUCACCAAUUUCAACUAAGAAAUUGAAACAGAGUAGUAAGAAUUUCUUAUUAACAGACAAAUAAACAUUUUUCAUCGAUUCAUUAUGUAAUGCCAUACACUAAUCCUGUGCUAUGCAGCACCGUGACACUUGUUUUUUCCCUAAGUGGCUACUUAGGUGACCAACUAACACACACACAGCAAUACAAUUACACAGACACGACAGGGGAAGGAGAGUAGGUCUUUGCCUAACUGAUUGCUUGCAAUACAAAGCAAAAUUUUGAAAGCUGCAACGCUGACUAAAUGUAAACAUUGCAUGUCUUUGUUAAAAUAUGAAAACAGUUGAAUAAAAGUAUGCUUGUGGAGCUGCUUAAUAGUUUGAGCUCAGUUCAGCUCCUUGAUUAUUUCUAGCAAGAUAGAAGGCAGUGCAUAUUAUCAGUAUUUUUGGAGUACUUUGUUGAAUCCACACCCACACAGCAAUGCAGAUAUACAAAUUCUACCUUAACUAUUUCUCUAUUAUUCCCAGAUUAUCUGAAAUGCCAAACACAUCUAUAUCACAGGCCUAAUUUUAAAUGAGCAUGAGAUAACUUCUUGUGAUGGGUUACUCAACUCUUUUCCAAGUACAUAAUACUCCCACAAGGCUGAAAACUCAGUUUAUCAUGAAAAUCUUGGAACAGUAAUUAUUUUAAGCUAAUUUCAAGUUUUGCUUUCUUCUUUUAGAGCCUGUCUUUUAAAAGGUUGAUUCCUUUGAAUUAUAUUGACAGAUCAUAGUUUUUAAAUUAGAAUCCUGCAUUUUGGGAGUCCAUUUUUUCAGAUUUUACGUACGCCUGCAUACAUCUAUUUUUAUGACUGAUUUACACAGAGGCUGACAUGAUUUACAAAUUAGGCAUUAGUAAUAUUAUUGUUUUGAAGUGCCACUAAAUGUAUGUGGAAUGAAUGCAAUAAACCUGUUUGUCAAAGCAUAUUAUCAAAACAAUGGGAAAAAAAAAUCAAUAGAAUUGCAGAAGAGCAGAAACUAGGCUGUAUAAGGACCAUCAGUCUAAUAUAAAUACAACUUUCAUAAGAAUGCUAAAAGUUUUAUUCCUGCAAAUAACUCUGAAUGUUAUUGCAAUUAUGCUGUAGGUAAAAACCUGAAUUAAUGGUAUGGAUUUGACACUUCGAGUAAUCCCAGCCAAAUGCAGGCAUGAAAGAGCCAAGAUUCUGUAUCCGUGUGAUCAGUACAAACACACAUUCCUCAGAGAAUCGCUUUUACUUAGUUCUGACAAUCUGGUAGGUACAAAAGCUUUAAAAACAGCACUUUCCUAUUUUUGUGCGCAACUGUGUAUGGUAGGUAGGUCUAUGUUCCAGGAAAGCGACUCCAGCUCUCAUUAUUUGACAAGUACAAUGUUCAGAAACUUUU